AUGUUCUACUCUCAGCAAAUGCUGGCCAAGAGGACUGGCCUCGGCAUCGUCUGGCUAGCAGCUACUUUGGGUAACCGAUCUACCGCCCUCAAGAAGAUUACGCGUCGCGAGCUCGAUGGCAUCAAUAUCAGCAAAGCUUGCGAUUCGGUCGCCUCCCCUUCGGAGCCUAUGGCUCUACGCCUCAGCAGCCAGCUCAUGUACGGUGUCGUCCGCCUGUACAGCCAGAAAUCAGAGCAAUUCGUCCUCGAUGUCAGCCAAGUCCACGCUACGAUGCGCAAGAACUUAUCCGAGAUCACUGCCCCUUCUGCUAUGUUCAUCGCCGGAGAUCAGAUCGACAUGGUGGCUAGCAAGAAGGGCGCGUCACACGGGGCUGGGUCUGACGGCCAGGUAACCCUCAAGCCCAAUCAAGCCUUUUACGUGGGCGACUUUGAUUCUACCUUUGACUUGUCAUGGGAGAACUUCCUCGACCAACGCCUCGCACGCUCAGCCUCCGCAGCACCAGGCGAUGAUACAGCCUCUGGAAUCAGCAGUGGGCGCUUUGUAUCACGCUCCCCUGGCGCUUCACUCGGUCGCCCGCCCCCACAUACCGCUACACGCGACGCUAUCCUCCUUCCUUCUCAUCGUGGGGGCGACUACUCGAGCGACACGGGGGAUGCAGGAGCCGGGAGAGGUGGAGCUGACUUUGGAGGCGCCAAUGACUUGGAUUUUGGAUUGGAUGAUCUGCUUGGCCAGGGUGACGACCUCCCCCUCAAUCUAGGACUCCCUGGCUUCGACCCUCCUGCUGCUCCUCCUGAUGGCGCUCGUCCCCCCGGCGCAGCAAGACUCUCUGCCGAUGGUGGCCCUCCCCCGCUUGAUGAUGGUGCAGCAGACCAUCCGAUGGACGGCUUUGAUCCCCUCGACAUGGGCCUCGAAGACGCCGGAGCUCUUCAAGGUAUCCUGCAUCGCAGUCAUUCCCCAAGUCUCGCCGAUGACGGCGAUGCUCCUUCUCCUUCCAAGCGCCAAAAGAUCACCAAGAAGAAAAAGGUCUCCUUCAGCGUCGAGGACCCUCGCAUUAGUCUGAGCGAGGAGGCUGUCAGGGACCAGGAGGGCGACUACGCGCGUAUCAUGGCUGAGCAGUACGCCGAGAAAGAGGAGCGCGAUGCUGUCAAGAGGGCUGAAGGGUGGGUCCACAACUUGCUGCACAAUGCACCGGCUGAUCUCGCGAAUGGCCCUCUCCUGGUCGACUUUUGGCAAGUCACUGUAGGUGCCGAGAACGAACGAGUCGACGUGAUGAUGAGGGAGCACCGAGGUAGGGGCCUCGUUGGAGUGGGAGAUCAAGGCGAGCAGGCAGAGGGAGUGGGUGCUGCGGCUGGAGGUGUGCUUGCAGGCUUCGGAGACGAUGGCUGGCAGCUUGAUCUUGGAGGAGGAGACUAUCCAAUUGAUGAAAUCGCUCGUGACGGCAGCGCUGAGGUUGGACGAGGCCAAGGCACUCCAAGCAUGUCGGGCCGAGCAGUACUUCCCUGGAUGGCUCAAGACACUACGGCUGCAGGUGCCGGUGACACUACGGAUCUCCUUCGUGCUGGCCAAGGUACUCCUGGCGGCGGACAUCGAUCCAUGUCCACCAGUAGCGCGGGAGGGAGGGAGGCUUUGGGCUUGCUGGGACUGGCGGGCGGAUCGCCUCAUGAUUUUCUUGAUAUGGGGGGCGGCGGCGAUCAAUCCUCCUCUGCACAUGUGUCCGUGGUAGAGAGUGUCCCUCAGGCUCAGCGCGACUUGGAGACGACCAACUUCUUCGGCUGGGCUCAAAGGCGCGCCUUGGAGGUAGCACCUAAUGCUCUGACCUUUGCCGACAUUGCAUCCACUGCAGACUCGACGAGGCAGGUUGCGGCUGCUGCUUUCGCUCACGUCCUUCAGCUGACCACGAAUGGCAACAUGGCCGUCAAGCAGGUUGAGGGAUACGGCGAGAUCAUCAUUGAGAUUCUCGUCCAAGCGCAGGAGGGUGAUCUUGAGGGCGAGGGCGAGGACGAGGGCGAAGGAGAGGAAGUGCAGCCCGAAGAGAUGGGUGCAGAAUAGCUUCUCACCAUGACGUGUCUGAGAGCUGCAACUCCCUAGUCCACCAUCUUGAGCGAUACUCUGUCAGAAAUCAUCAUCUAAUCGAGAGAAGUAAAAAG